AUGGUGGCGCUGCCGGGCCUUGGGAGCGGCCUGCAGCCCUGGUGCCCAUUGGAUCUCAGCCCCGAAUGGGUGGACGCCGUAUGGGAACUGGAUUUCACAGAGACUGAGCCUUUGGAUCCCAGCAUAGAAGCAGAAAUCCUAGAGACUGGAUUGAAUGCAUUCACAAAGCUAUAUGAAAGUGUUUUCCCCUUUGCUACUGAAGAACAUGGAUCUACAGAGAGCAUUUGGACCUUCUUCAUUGAGAACAGAAUUUCUCACAGGGCACUGGUGGCAUUGUUUUAUCACUUUGUUCAAACAGUCCAUAAGAAAAGUGUCAGUGUGCAGUAUCGACAAUAUGGCCUUCAUGCUGCUGGGCUUUAUUUUCUGCUGCUGGAAGUACCGGGCAGUGUAGCCAAUCAAGUGUUCCACCAAGUGAUGUUUGACAAAUGUAUUCUGAUUCUAAAGAAGAGCUGGCCUCAGGAAUCUAACUUGAAUCGGAAAAGAAAGAAAGAGCAGCCUAAGAACGCUGAGGCAAAUCCAAGAGGGAAUAGGAAAAGAGGAAAGCCACCCAGGAAAGAAGAUACUGAGGUGGAUGAAAUAGAACAACAGGAAGAUGAAGAAAGUAUUCAUUUUUCUGCCCGAGACCUUUGUCAAAUUCGAAAUGCCAUCUUUCACCUUUUGAAGAAUUUUUUAAGGCUGCUGUCCAAAUUUUCCCUGAAAGAAAAGCCACAGUGUAUACAAAAUUGUAUAGAAGUCUUUGUUGCAUUAACUAAUUUUGAACCAGUUCUUCAUGAAUUUCAUGUGACACAGACCAGAAACCUUAAUCAAGCAAAAUACGUACCAGAACUGGCCUAUCAUGGAUUGUAUUUGCUCUGCUCCUCCAUUCAUGGAGAAGGAGAUAAGGUUAUAGGUUGUGUUUUCCAUCAAAUGCUAAAUGUGAUAUUAAUGUUAGAAGCAGGUGAAGGAGCCCAUCGUGCUCCCCUUAGUAUUACAACAUCAGUCAUCAACAGUAGAAACCAGGCGGUCCAGUUCAUCAGCUCACUUGUGGAUGAACUAAAGGAAAAUAUAUUCCCAGUCCUUCGUAUCUUACUCCAGCACAUUUGUGCCAAGGUAACUGAUAAAUCAGAUUAUCGGACCCACGCAGCCCAGUCCCUGGUCCAGCUGCUCAGCAAACUUCCCAGCAGGGAGUAUGCUACAUUCAUUGCCUGGCUUUACAGAUAUUCACGAAGUUCCAAGAUCCCACACAGGGUUUUUACUCUAGAUGUUGUCUUAGCUCUGUUGGAACUGCCUGAAAGAGCAGUAGAUAACACUCUCUCGUUGGAGCAUCAGAAGAUCUUAAAGCAUAAGUUCUUGGUGCAGGAAAUUAUAUUUGACCGUUGUGUAGACAAGGCACCAACUGUCCGCAGCAAGGCACUGUCCAGUUUUGCACAUUGCCUGGAGGUAUCUGUUACCACUGCAUCGGAGAGCAUACUAGAACUUCUGAUUAACAGUCCUGCAGUUUCAAGAGUAGACAGCCAUCCUGGUACCUUACCGAGAAAUUCAUCAGCUUUUUCCUAUCAGAGGCAAACACUUAACCCUUCUGGAGGCUCAGGGGUGAUCAAUAUUGACAGCAGUGGUGAAACAGAUGGAGCUGGGGUGAGAUGUGUCAUGGCAAUGCUGAAAAAGAGAAUCAGGGAUGAGAAGACCAAUGUUAGGAAGUCUGCACUGCAGGUAUUAGUGAGUAUUUUGAAACACUGUGACAUCUCAGGUAUGAAAGAAGAGCUAUCACUUCUGCAGGACCAGUGUCGGGACCCUGCAGUAUCUGUCCGAAAGCAGGCCUUACAGUCUCUUACUGAACUUCUUAUGGCUCAACCUGGAUGUGUCCAGAUACAGAAAGCCUGGCUGACAGGGAUCAUCCCAGCUGUGAUGGACUGUGAGAGCACAGUGCAGGAAAAGGCUCUGGAAUGCCUUGACCAGCUCCUGUUACAGAACAUUAAGCAUUACAAUAAAUUCCACACUGGAGACAAUAGCCAGGUACUGGCUUGGGCACUUCUUACUCUCCUUAGUACAGAAAACCAGGAACUAAGCCGCUAUUUAAAUAAGGCUUUUCAUAUCUGGUCCAAGAAAGAGAAAUUCUCAUCCAGUUUUAUAAACAAUGUGAUAUCCUACACUGGCACAGAACAUUCUGCACCAGCCUGGAUGCUGCUCUCCAAGAUUGCUUGCUCAUCCCCCAAGCUGGACUACACCAAAAUAAUAGAGUCCUGGGAGAAAAUCAGCAGUCAACAGAAUCCCAAUUCAAACACCUUAGGACAUAUUCUGUGUGUUAUUGGGCAUAUUGCAAAGCAUCUUCCUAAGAGCACCCGGGACAAGGUGACUGAUGUGGUCAAGUGUAAGCUGAAUGGAUUCCAGUGGUCUCUAGAGUUGAUCAGCUCAGCUGUUGAUACUUUGCAAAGACUCUGUAGAGCAUCUGCAGAGACAUCUGUGGAAGAACAGGAAUUACUGAAGCAGGUGUGUGGGGAUGUCCUCUCCACCUGUGUGCAGUCCCUCUCCGACAUAGUUCUGAAGCAAAGAGGACCUGGGAAUAUGGAUGAAGACCUGUUUGUGAAGUACAUUUUUACCUUAGGAGAUAUAGCCCAGCUUUGUCCAGCCAGAGUGGAGAAGCGAGCAUUCCUUCUGAUUCAGUCCAUUCUAGCUUCUUCUGUUGAUGCGGAUCAUCCAACAUCAUCUCAAGGUCGCAGUGAAGCUCCAGCCUUUGAGCCACUCUCCCAAGUCAGGGGCUGUGUCAUGCCUUCUGUGAUUAGAGCACAUGCCAUCAUUACUUUGGGCAAGCUGUGCUUACAGCAUGAAGAUCUUGCAAAGAGGAGCAUCCCGGCCCUUGUGCGAGAGCUGGAAGUGUGUGAUGAUGUGGCUGUUCGCAACAAUGUUGUCAUCGUCAUGUGUGAUCUUUGUAUCCGGUACACGGUCAUGGUGGACAAGUACAUUCCCAAUAUCUCCAUGUGUCUGAAGGAUUCAGAUCCAUUCAUCCGAAAGCAAACACUCAUCUUGCUUACCAAUCUCUUGCAGGAAGAAUUUGUGAAAUGGAAGGGCUCUCUGUUCUUUCGAUUUGUCAGCACUCUGAUAGAUUCACACCCAGACAUCGCCAGUUUCGGGGAGUUUUGCCUGGCUCACCUGUUACUGAAGAGGAACCCUGUCAUGUUCUUCCAGCACUUCAUUGAGUGUAUCUUCCACUUCAAUAACUACGAGAAGCAUGAGAAGUAUAACAAGUUCCCCCAGUCCGAGAGAGAGAAACGGCUGUUUUCACUGAAGGGAAAGACAAACAAGCAGAAACGAAUGAAAAUCUACAAAUUUCUUCUGGAGCACUUCACAGAUGAACAGCGAUUCAAUAUCACUUCCAAAAUCUGUCUUAGUAUUUUGGCAUCCUUUGCCGACGGCAUCCUGCCCCUAGACAUGGAAGCCAGUGAAUUGCUCUCAGAUACAUUUGAGGUCCUCAGCUCAAAGGAGAUCAAGCUUUUGGCCAUGAGAUCUAAAGCAGAUAAGGACCUCCUUAUGGAAGAAGAUGACACGGCCUUGGCCAGUGCGGUCAUGCAGGAAGCUCAGAAGCAGCUCAUCUCGCAAGUUCAGAAGAAGAAUUUCAUAGAAAAUAUUAUUCCAAUUAUCAUCUCCCUGAAGACCGUGCUAGAGAAAAAUAAGAUCCCAGCUUUGCGGGAACUCAUGACCUAUCUCAGGGAGGUGAUGCAGGAUUACCGUGACGAAAUCAAGGAUUGCUUUGCGCUAGACCGGCAGCUGGCAUCAGAACUCGAGUACGACAUCAAGAAGUACAGCGAGCAGCAAGCCCAGGAGCAGGGCCGAGCGAGGCAGGCAGAUGUGAGUGCGGCAGCUUCCAGGGCCAGGGGGACACAGCACAAGUCGUGUGUGACCCUCCUCUCUCCAGUUUCUCCGAGUUUAGAAGUAAUGCCAGCUGUUGGUGGCCGGGAAGGUGCCACUGUGCCCGCUGCUGCGAGCCAGCCCUCAACACCCAGGGCGCUUGCUGGCCAAGCACCGCCUCUGUCCCCUGCCCUGGAGACUGGGCUAUUGAAGAGGUUCAUGCCCAAAGGCAGGCCCAUGUCCCUGAGCACCAUUGCGAUCCUGAAUUCUGUCAAGAAAGCUGUGGAGUCCAGUAGCAGGCACCAGAGUCGGAGCACAGGAGUGUUGCCAUUCCCGUUAAGCUCUCAGAGCCUGGACAAAAUGUGCCAUCGUGCAACCUCCUACAGCUUGGAGCAGGAGUCCAGUGGAGCUGUGGACCACGUAACUAAACGAGCGAUCAGUACUCCUGAGAGGACCAUCAAUGAUGUCACAUUUGGAGCAGGAGUCAGCUACAUAGGCACCCCACGGACACCUUCUUCAACCAAAGAGAAAAUUGAAGCCCAGUGUCAAGGAAAUGACAUUUUAUGUUUAUCGCUUCCUGAUAAACCGCCUCCACAGCCUCAGCAGUGGAAUGUGAAGUCCCCAGCCAGAAAUAAAGAUAACCCAGCCCCCAGCAGGAGGUCACUCCGAAAGACCCCCCUGAAAACAGCCAACUAAAACCGUCGUUCGGGAGUGUCUGGGAAGCAAGAGCUCUAAGGACAUAUUGUCUCCUGCCUGUGGAAAGACAGAGUCCACCUUCCUUACCCCCAGGGAGGAGGAGGCUUUUAACUGUGUGAUACCAGAGUUUUUUCUUAUGACUGUGGCACUCUGACUGUUCACCUGUGUGGUGAACAACAUUUUACAUUUCUCUUUAUGCAAUAUGUGGUUAAAAAAAAAAAAGAAAAAAUUGUAAUAUAA